AAAUAACAAUUCAACUAUUCAAGUUGAAUCUACAACUUACCAGUAAGUUUAUAACAACAAGCAGUUUAAGUCUUAAGACAACAAGCAGUAGAUCAUGCACGAUACACCUGCGAUUUAAAUAUCAUUAAAUUUUGUUUCAUUCUGACAGAAAUUUAAUUAGACAUACGGACGGCUACUUUCAACAGUUGACAUUUCAAGCUAUUACUAUUCUAUUAGUUGUUAUGCUAUAGUUAUUGGCUUCCAAAAAGCUAAACCAUGCCGACCUGGAACCAAAUUCAAAGUCAAUUAAGAAACCCGCAGAACCCUGUUGUAUUCUUCGAUAUAUCCGUUGGAAGAACGGAAAUCGGUAGAUUAAUAAUGGAAUUGUAUGCUGACAUUGUGCCUAAAACUAGUGAAAAUUUUCGUCAAUUUUGUACUGGUGAACACAAAAAAGAUGGUAUUCCAUUUGGGUAUAAAGGAUGUUGUUUUCACAGAAUAAUUAAGGAUUUCAUGAUACAAGGUGGUGAUUUUGUAAAUGGUGAUGGAACUGGGGUUAUGAGUAUAUACGGAGCAGAUACAUUUUCAGAUGAAAAUUUUAAACUUAACCAUGAUGCACCUGGACUUUUAUCAAUGGCAAACAGUGGUAUAGAUACCAACGGGUGCCAAUUUUUUAUUACUUGUGCAAACUGCAACUUUUUGGAUGGAAAACAUGUGGUAUUUGGCCGUGUCGUUGAUGGGUUGUUGGUAAUGAGAAAAAUUGAAAAUGUUCCUACUGGUCCCAACAACAAACCAAAAAUACCUAUUGUUAUAUCACAAUGUGGACAGUUAUAAAAGUUAUGAAUUGUACUUUUUUUUUAUAUAUAUAUUUCAUCUCGUAUUACAUGUUGUUCAUUUGUAUGAAUGCUUAUUAAAAAAAAUAUAUAUAUUUCAAAUUUA